ACAGCUCUUUAUCACUCUAAAUAAAUUCUCUUCAAACACUGGCUAAUGACAUGUGUUCAAUGUCAAACCGGUGCGACUCGAGCAUGACAAGUGAAUGUCCUUGCCUUCUUUCACAUUCCUCAUCCUGCGCCGAAGUGUAGUGUAUACAUUUUUAAUCGGGGCAGCCAUCUUUGAGCCACGGACUGUGAGCUCUCCGUGAUAUGUCUUCAUUCUCUGUACGAAAUAUUCUCAAUCUUAAAGAACCACGAAUGCAGGCCAACAAUACCUCUAACGCAAUGAACCUCAGUGUUUACCAAACGGAUAAUGCUAGCUUUGAGCCACGGUCUAAGCUAGAUAUGGGACUUCAUUUAGCUCACAAAACCCAGGAUAUUUCUUCUCAAGCGCAUCCUGAAAGAAUCAAAGACAGUUCAGGAGAACUUAUACGUCAGAGAGAAAAGGAUGAAACCCAAGAAGUCCCUAAGAAGCGUAAGCGACGAAUCCUCUUCACUAAGGCUCAAAUUUACGAGCUGGAAAGAAGAUUUCGCUACCAACGGUACCUCUCAGCUCCCGAGCGAGAACAACUUGGAAGGAUGAUAAAUCUCACUCCUACACAAGUAAAAAUCUGGUUCCAAAAUCAUCGUUAUAAGCACAAAAAGCUUGCAACUGAGUGCGGGGAAUAUAAAGAGCCCAGUCGGUCUAUCUUCCCUCGYACUGUGCCUGUCCCUGUUCUGAUCCGUGAUGGACAGCCGUACCAUUCUGACUACAAUACUAGUCAACCUUUCUACAACCAAUGYAGCUCAGCAGCUCCAAGCUACGCAGACUACAACGGCUAUUCGAAUAACAUGGGCUACGCCAAUACACUUCAGCCAAACCAAAACACCAACGGCUAUUCGCAUUUGUCUGUAAGUUCGUCAUGUAUGCAAGCUGCCUAUUCACCGUAUUGUAAAACAUGGUAAGGGAAUCUACACUCAUAUAUCACUGUCUGGAAAAAAAAACUUUUUUUCUAAUAAACUCUGAAACACUAUUUGAUGUAAAACUAUACAGUCGAAUGAACAGGAAAAUAGCUGUUCCUAGAAUGGUUUUAAAGAAGUUGUUGAAGAUAUGUUAGCUAUAUGGUAGUUAGUAGGCGGGGUAGUCCUCAUAUAGGGAGCACUUCUAUUAUUUGAAUUGAGUUGCAAACGAAAGAGAUACCCUUUUGUGGUUCUCAAAGCCUGUGAUAUCAUCUCCAUUACAAUUUGAAUGAAACAACAGUGCUUUACUAGCGUUUGAAGCCGUCGAUUUAAGAUGAUAAACUUGAUCGAAUGAAAAAUUGACUUGCAUUCGAGACUUCUCAAAAUCAUGGGCUGUUCAAACAGGUUUUACAUUAGUGAUAUAGUUUUGGUGUAACCACUUCAUUUCGAGCUAUACACGCGAACCCAUUACUAGAAAGAGUCAUGGUAAUCGUAUUGAACAUCUAAGAAGUUUAAGCUCCCCAAGCUUCCUAUAAUAAGAGCUUUCCAAUCAACUGAAGCACUAUUAGGAGCCUGUAUGACAUCGUUCUCGUCUCAGCUCUUUUCAGAACAAAAGACGACUUGCUUUGUGGUUGAGAGUUGCAAAGUCAUAACAGAUCAGACUUCAAGUUGUUAUUAGUGAURUGGAAUUCAUUGUAAAUCUGUAGUCUUAAACUGAUUUCUUCGUUGUGCUUCUCAAAAGCUAACCGAAAUGAUACUGUAGAAUAAAUCUGUUCUAUACUGUCACUUUUAUCUAGACUUUCUAUCGCACCGUUAACUAGUUCUCAAUACUAAUCCUACAUAGUCACGGCUCUAUUGUGUUCUAGUGUUUUUGUCAAUUCGGUGGUUUGUAGAACUUCAAGAAGAAGCACGCGACCAGAACAUCUUCCUGAAAUUCAGCCACAGGAUUUCUCAAUUCCUAAAAAAGGAUUUAAUUUUUUCAUCACGAAGAAAAGAAAAACCACAACAGUUUGGGAUAACUUAGUGAAAAAUUUAAACUAAAAGUUCAUUUUGUUUCAUUUCUUUGUGAUUUUCUUUUUGAAAUCGGGCUUCAUGKUCUUUUUUAUCUACCCUCAUGAAACAUUAACUCGCUUUUCAACACCAGUUGAUUGAGAAUGCAAUAAGAACUGGCAUGGUGUACUUGUUGUGUUUGUUGUUGUUUUUAUCUUUUAGCUUCAUAAUAAAAUAUAACCAACCAAAUUACACAAAACCUGUACUUUUUGUGUAGUUGUUUACGAAGAAAAGCAAUAAUAUCAGUUUAUGGCUUCCUUGUUUGUACAAAAUGUGUUUGUAAAGUUCCUCAGACUCGAAGUCUUUUCGAUUAUAUAUCUUUUUUUCUUUUCUCUGCACUUGCAACUGUGCUUGUAGUCUCUUAGUUUAUAGUAGAAUAAGUUAAUUCUUUAAAAAUCUUUAGGUACUAUAAUUUUCUUGUCGUCGACUGACUAUUUGAAAUAGACGUUCAGGUGAUCUAUUGUAUCAURAAGUCAAAGUAAUUAAAUUACAUAAUAUUAAAUGCUACAGUCUGUGAGGUUUUUAGUCUCAAUUCUUGUCAAUGUUUCAACUGGAAAUCUUUUCUGAGAAUUAUAUAUUGAAAAUAGUUGACCUGUUCUUCAUAAAAUCCCAAAAUACAAUGGUGUCACUUAUACCUGAUGAAGGUACAAUGACUUCAUGAAAAGUGCCUUUGAUAAUUGAAUUGUGCAAAAACAUGAAUAGAAAUAGUUAGAAAAAUCGUGAUUUGAAGAUGUGUUAGCUAUCUCUAGUAAUUUUGUGUUAUAGAAAGUUAUGUAUUCCAAGAAAAAAUCAAGGUCUUAUAGUUAGAAUCACGAAUUAAUAUAUUGUCUGAAAUAUUUAUUACUAAUGUACCUAUCAUGUACAUAUGCAGUUCCUAUACGAAAACAUAGUCGAUUAACUAUUGUAAAAUUUAGCUUAGAAUCCCUGUUGUAAGAAGGUGUAAAAAUAACUUAAAAUAAAGUAUUAAAAAAUCAA